AUGGCUUUGAAGGCCAAAAGUAGUGAUAUUGAUGAGUCUUUUGAUGAUGAAGAUUUUAAAAUGAAAUUCUAUAUCACGAGGCAGUUUAAAAAGUUCAUGAAGAAUGCCAAUGCAAAGGGAUUUGAUAAAUACCAAUGUCCAACUUAUCUCAAGAUUAUUGGGAAGAGUAAGACCCUUAUUGCUACCUUGAGUGACACUGAGCUUGAGGAUGAUUCAGAUGACAAUGAUGACGAGGGAAUCUUGAAUAUCUUCACUGCUAUAGUUGAUCCUACUGAUGGGGUUUCAAAAACAGUAGAUGAUGAAGAGGACUUAGUGGACUCUAAGUUUGAGAAAAUGGACGAUCAAGAUGAUGUCCAUACAACCAAUAAAAAAUUGUACAAGGCUUCAGAGGACGAGGACGAUGAUGAUGGCUUUAGUGAUGAUGAUGAUGAUGAUGAGGAUGAGGAUGCUAGCUCUUCUGGUGGUAAGGAGAUGAUCGCUUCUUAG